CCUUAUUCUCAUUCACUCACACCACCCACAAACAAUAAACCCUAGUCUUCCAUAGCCACAAACCAGCCAAACAAUGAAGCCUACUGCAUUCCUUUCUUUUGUCUUCUUCCUUCUCUUCGCCUUCACUGCCACCACCAUCUCGGCGGACAUGGUGUUCGACUCCGAUGGCGAAGUAAUGAUAAACGGUGGCAAAUACUACCUCUCACCUUCUACCUCCAUUGGAGGUGGAGCCAUCGUAUCUGCUGCCAUUAGGAAUGGAGAUUCUCAUUCCUGCUCGCUCGCUGUGGUUUCAGCACCGUACGCUAAAGGAUGGGCGGUGACCAUAUCAUCUCCUCACCUUACUACUUUCAUCUCAACGGCCCUUCCUUUGUACAUAUCGUUCGCUUAUUUACCACCUAACGUCUGCACCGAUUCACCAAACUGGGUCGUCAUAAAAUCCCUUCCUGUUGGAGAGCCUGUGAUGCUUGGCAGUGCAGAAGAAUUUGGCUCUGCUUAUGUUUCUGGUUGGUUCUUUAUCAAGACCCACGACUCAGAAAAGCAUUACUAUAAGCUCGUCUUCUGUGAGCAUGGAAACGAUCACUGUGGAGACAUCGGGGUCAAAGUCGAUGGUGAAGAACGACGGCGUUUGGUUGUCACCGAUAAGGACCCACUGGUUUUUAAGUUUGACAAGGUUAACGAAACCUACGCCUCCGAUCUGUCCAUGGUGGUGUGAACUGGGAACCUCUAAGCUGGCCGAAGAUCGAUAAUAAGAAUAAUAAUGUGACGGUGAUGGUGAUGUAAUUAAUAAUGAGAGUGUGACAAAUAUACUUGCUGCACUUCCAAAGAUCACUACUUUAUGUAGUUGCUUAUCUUAUGAAUAAAUAAACAUUAUAUCAUCAUCAGUUAAAUUUCUUGAGCAUACAUACAC